CCAAGCCACCCAUUGCCCACCCUAAUUUGUAUUGGAUUCCGGGUGAGAGUUCGGCUAUUAGGUUUUGGCCCGUUUGGGUACCCAGACGAGGUUGAACCACAUUGCAGCGACGUCGUUUUUUUAUUGAGUGUUAUUUAAGUGUUUAUUCUUGGGCUUUUUAACAGUCGUCCGUCCAGCAAAAGAAUUUUUAAAGACUCCCACAGUGUCGUACUCGACGGACCAAAGCUGCACGAAGAUUUUCACGCAGGAAGCGAAGCUUCAGCCGGAGAACGCAGCCAUGGAUUUCACUCCUCUCAGCAACGCCAUUGCCGCCAAAUCGUUCGAAAAGGUUGCUGAUAUCUGCGAUGAACUCAUGCUCAGGGCUGCAGCUGAGGGGGUUCCCUUUCAAGACGAGUGGCCCUACGCGGUUCAUCUUCUAGGUCAUAUUUACGUUAAUGAUGUUAACAGUGCUCGUUUUCUGUGGAAAUCAAUCCCUCCGAAGAUCAAGGAGGGCCAGCAAGAAGUUGUUGCUGCUUGGAACAUUGGUCAGAAAUUGUGGACGCGUGAUUAUUCUGGUGUGCACGAGGCUGUUCGUGGUUUUGAUUGGGGCGAACAGACUCGCCCUCUCGUUGCUGCAUUUGCAGAGGUCUAUAGCAAAAGGAUGUUUCAGUUGCUGUUGUCUGCGUAUUCAACUAUAAGCAUCCAAGACACGGCUCUCUUUUUGGGGAUGAAUGAGGAUGAUGCUACUAAGUAUGUGGUGGGCCAAGGGUGGAUUCUUGAUUCUGCCUCUCAGAUGCUAACCGUGAAGAAGCAGGCUGUUGUCGUGGAGCAGAAACUGGACUCAGGCAAGCUGCAGCGCUUGACAGAAUAUGUGUUCUACCUGGAGCACUGAAGUGACGUUCAGAUAACCCGUGAAAUCUGUCUUUCGAGCAGCUGAGCGAGAUGAGUACAUACAAUCGAAUUCCAUCGGGAACUAGGAUGUGCAGCAUAGAGAAUUUUGUCAAAAUUUGUGGCUACGUAUGUGAUUCUGAAUGGAUUUGAUGUUUUUCGCCGAACAUUCAGAAACCAGUUACAUUUGAUCAUCCAAAGUUAUCAUCAAAUCAGCUGGGUUGUACUUUGCACGUCUUUGCUUGCUUAUGAACUUCCCAUAUCCAUGGACGUUGCGACCUUAACUGGAUUCCCAGUAUUAAUUAUGUCGCAAUAUGACUAUUUUGAAUCGAAGGGCAAUCCGC